AUGUAUUUGGAAGUUGAUGAUUCCUCCGAAGAUUCGAAACUUUAUGUGGAGGGCUUUAGUUCGCGCUUUGGCCACUAUGGAGGAUUUGUUCAAGCGUCAUUGCCCCCCUCCCCUUGUUGUCCUAUUUGCCUUGCUCAGGUUGAAUCUUUGGAACACCUGCUUCUUUCGUGCCCGUGGGUUGAGCCUAUAUGGUUUGGCGGCCCUUUAAAUUAUCGGGUGAAUCGAACUAAUGUCUCAAAUCUGCCCGCAUGGGUGUCUUCCUUCUUUGGGUCUAACCUGGGAUCCAAGGAAGAGCUUGUUCGGAUUUUGUCAUAUGUGGCUUUCACCUAUUGGCACAUCUGGAAGCCCAGGUGCAACUUUGUUUUCGACAACAAAAGUAUCUCCCCUAAUCAGGUCAUUAUGUCUAUCUUUACAUCUGUGAAUGGCUUUCUGGGGGCUUCUCGUACUCCUGAGGGUUGUUCUCAGAGAGUUCAGACGGCCCUUGUCCCUCCAGCUUGCUGGUUUCCUCCUAGCCCUUUUUUCAUGAAGUUGAACGUGGACGCGAGUUGGGUGGCUACCUCUAAAUGCAGCUAUGCUGGAAUUGUGGUUAGGAAUCAUGAGGGGAAUUUUGUGGCUGCUAAAAGAGUGCAGAUUUGUGCGCCUAAUGUGGCAGCAGCGGAGGCCUCUGCGAUUUUGCUUGGUUGUGAUUUGGCCAGUUCGUUGGGGUUGGACAGAAUUAUUGUGGAGUUUGAUUCCAAGGAGAAUAUCUAUAACUUAGUAAAUGCUUCUUCUUCGGGCAGCUGGGAGGUUUUCCCCAUUCUUUCUAAAGCUUUGCGUCUAAGGGGUUCCUUUCAGGAUUGUCGCUGGUCUUGGGUUCCGAGAUCGGCCACCGCGGCGGCACAUCGGUUGGCGUCGAGGAGUAAUCCAGAGAUGUGCGGUUUAACUUGGGUUAAUCACCCUCCAUCUUCGUUGGUCCAUGUUUUGAACAAGGAUGGGUUACCCUGUCCCCAUUAA